AUUGAAGCAAUUGAGGAACUCUCUUCUCAGUCCGACUAUAGAUAUUUUUAUUAUGCAUCUACUUCAUGAUAUGGCUGAAAAGUAAUUUUUUAAUUCUUUGAAUUAAAUUGUGAGUUUUAUUAAAUACAUAUAAAUAUUUCAUUUAAUUAAAAAUUUUAAAAAUGAAUCGACUAUUUGGCCGUGCUAAACCUAAAGAACCUGGACCUAGUCUUGCUGAUUGUAUUUCAGGCGUUGAUAGCAGAGCAGAUACAGCUGAAAAGAAAAUACAAACUUUAGAUCUUGAAUUGAAGAAAUAUAAAGAUCAAAUGGUUAAAAUGCGAGAUGGUCCAGCUAAAAAUGCUGUAAAAGCUAAAGCAAUGAGAGUUUUGAAACAGCGUAAAAUGUAUGAAGCCCAAGUAGAUAAUCUCCGCCAGCAAGCUUUCAAUAUGGAGCAAGCAAAUUAUGCUACCCAGACAUUAAAAGAUACUCAAGUUACAAUCAACGCAAUGAAAGAUGGUGUUAAACAAAUGCAAAAAGAAUUCAAAAAUAUUAAUAUUGAUCAUAUCGAAGAUUUACAAGAUGAUCUGGGUGAUAUGCUUGAACAAGCAGACGAAGUUCAAGAAGCAUUGGGUCGUAGUUAUGGAAUGCCUGAAAUCGAUGAUGAUGAACUUGCCGCUGAAUUAGAUGCUUUGGGUGAUGAUUUAGCAUUGGAUACUGAUACUUCUUACUUAGAUGAUGCUAUAAAAGCACCAAAUGCUCCUGAUAAGGAACCUGGUGCAGCCUCAAUACGCAAUAAAGACGGUGUUCCUGUUGAUGAGUUUGGAUUACCGCAGAUACCAGCCAGUUAAAUUUUAUGUGCAUUUUGAAAAAUACUUUUAUUUUAUUAUUAAUCUAAAUUACAGUAAUUAAAUUAUUAUUAAAAUCUGUCUGGGUGAUUUAGAGGUAUCAAAAGCUUUUAAAAAGUUUCUGUAAUACUAAUGCUUAAAGUAUAACAUAGAUUAAUGUAUUACAUGUACAUAUUAUUAUUAAUUUUAUUAUUGUAUUUUCAGCAAACUUAAACAUAAAGUUUACUAUAUUUUAAAUUAUAAUUAUUAAAAUAAUUUACUUAA